AUGGAUUUUUCACAACCCAAAAAACACCCACAAAAAGCCAACAAGAAGAGACUCACAAAUGAACAAGUAAAGCUCCUAGAAACAAGUUUUAACUUCAACAACAAGCUCGAUUCAACUCGAAAGAGUCAACUCGCUCAAGAACUUGGUGUGCCGGCUAGACAGAUUGCCAUAUGGUACCAAAACAAACGGGCACGUUGGAGGAACCAGAGCCUAGAGACAGAACACAAGACACUUCAACAGCGGCUUGAACGAGUGUCAAGUGACAAAAACCGGCUCGAAAGAGAGGUUGAGAGGCUUAAAGGUGAGUUGGAAAAGGCUAAAGAUUUGUUGGUGUCAUCAAAGUCAAUGAAUUAUGCAUCUUUACCAUCCUUUUCAAGUUCUUGUGAUGAUGUUGGAAGCUCAAGCUUGCUUGGUGAUCAUGGGGAUUUCUAUGUUUGUUUUGAUGAUCAUCAAUUUGAUCAUAAAUCCAAUGGGCAUGAUUUUUUUGCUAGGACCAUGUCUUGA